GGCUCAACUCACACUGGCGCAGAGUCGAAGCGACGCGACGCGUCAUGUUUUGCACGGUGACGCGCGCCUUCGCGAGGCGACGCGCGUCUUCGCGAGGCGACGCGCGAUUGUGCGCGACGGCGCGUAGUGACGGAACCAGUUCAGAGACUUUCGAACAUUCGUGAAUGGUGCUCGCUCGACAGUAUUAUAAUGGUUGAUAUCGAUCUUAUCAUGAUUGCUCUAAUAUCAGAAGCUGAAGAGGAAGAAAGUGAAUUUACAUCAGCAGCUGAGGAUAGAAAAAUAAAACGAAAAUUUUGGGUUCACGAGUUAUGGAAGAAAAGACAUAUACUUGGCGAAUUCAGAACACUCUGUAGUAAUGAUUUAAGUCUGGACCCAAGAUAUUUUUAUGAUUAUUAUAAAAUGGGUUUAGAUAAGUUUGAAAAUUUGGUAAAUAUUUUGAGGCCUCACAUCCAAAAGCAAGAAACAAAUUUAAGAAUACCUAUUUCCGUUGAAGAGCGGAUAUCAAUAUGCUUGAGAUUUAUGACUACAGCAAUUAGCUUUCAAGCCUUAGCUCAAAGUUAUCGAGUUGGAUACAGCACUGUUUUAACAAUUGUACAUGAAGUUUCCGCAGCAAUAUGGAAACAUUUACAGCCAAUUGUCAUGCCGAAGCCAACACAAGAAUUAUGGACUAAAAUAGAGGAGGAGUUCAGAACCAUAUGGAAUUUUCCUAAUUGUAUAGGGGCAAUUGACGGUAAACACGUCAAUAUAAGAGCUCCCUGGAAUAGCGGCAGUUUGUACUUCAAUUACAAAAAAUAUUUUAGUACUGUCUUGUUAGCUGUUGUUGACGCAAAGUACAAAUUCAUUAUUGUUGACAUCGGAGCAUAUGGACGUAACAGCGAUAGUGGCAUAUUAAACAAUUCUAAAUUUGGACAACGAUUACAAAAUAAUACGAUUGGUAUACCGCCUAAUAAAAGGUUGCCAGGUAUGAUAGAGGAAAUGCCACUUGUUUUUGUAGGAGACGAAGCAUUUCCCUUGUCCGAACACAUCAUGAGACCAUAUCCUGGAAAUCAGGUGUCUGACAAUCAUGAUAAGAAAAUUUUUAAUUAUCGCUUAAGCCGAGCAAGGCGCUUAGUAGAAAGUGCUUUCGGAAUUCUGACACAAAAAUUUGAGGUUUUUCAAAAAAAAAUAAAAAUGCAACCAAUGCAUCUUGAUUCUAUGAUUCUUGCAUGCACAUGUUUGCAUAAUUACGUAAGAGAAAAUUACGAACUCGAAAACUUGGAAUUGCCAAGUGAUAGUAUAUUACAAGAUAUACGGUCAGUCGAUUACCAUACUAUGACAAAUGCCAUGGUGAUCAGAGAGACAUUCAAAUCUUAUUUUAUAUCCGAGCAUGGGGCAGUACCAUGGCAAACUGAAAUGAUCAGACGAUGUUAAAGAAGUGAUCAUAAUGUUACGUAAAUAUAACUGUGUGUGUUUUGUACAGACAACAGCACGUCAAGUGUAACACUUGCACUACGAAAGCCGCCAUUAGCACGAACGGAAUAAAUACGAGCUCAAGGUCAAACUGUUACGUUUGACGUGCUGUCGUCUGUACCUAAAUGUAAUAAUAAUUAUAUAGUACUUACC